AUGUCCACUAUGCGGACUGGGAGUACGAGUCCUUGGACAUUCGCUCUUUGUGUUUUAAAAGAGUUCUGGAGAUCGACUGCACAGUCACGACGGGAUUAUCACGUAUACGCUAUGGUUACUUGCUUGCUCAUCACCACCAGUGUUGUUCAGUUUUCAUCCACAAUACUGCUGUCAGACCUAAAACUAGGCCCGCUGAGAGGCGUUGUGAUCUCUUCCGAGGUCCGGCCUGGCUUGUCUUAUCCUGUCGGAGGCAUAGAGAGGAUAGCCCGUGACUCGGCAUGGACCACUAAUCCGCCCAACUAUGCGACCUUCGGUGAAUAUCACGAACAGCCUUCUGAGAUCGUCGAUGGAAUUGCAGAUACUGGAAUUUUACUCCGGGCCUUUCUACCAUACGAAGCGGCCGGGUCGCGUCAGCGUCUAGCGACGUACACGGGAAACGCUUUGACAAUCGAUGCUAGGGUAGCCUGCCAGGCACCUUCAAUUACUGACCUCGAGGGAAAAGGACUCAACGGGCAGAUCAAAGGCAUGGUGUCACCUACCACGAACGCGACAAUAUUGCAGUUCAUUAUGCCAACGCCAUUCGACUGCACAGUGGCUGGAGAGGAUCAAAUCACGGUAUGUCAGCUAGCUCAAUCCAGUGACGCCUUCAUGGGCUCUCUUGAAAGCCAGUUCGAAAAUUCAACGGCAUUUGGAACCGCCUUCCUCGUAAUCGGUGGCUCGAGCGACACAGCUACGGGGAAAGAGUGGCAAAAUAUCUCUUUUCCGGAGACGAACAAAACUACCGAAGCUACGAUCUCCCUUACCCUAUGCUUUGCACCAUGGGAUGCUGCGAUCCUUGACGUUACGCUUCACAGCGAUUUGAAUAAGACAGAGCCCCUGCUACGAUAUUGGGGAGGCUUUGAGCCAUCAGACGUGCUCACCCAUCUAAUUCCAACAGCCAAGAACGGGACACGUCAAAUCAUGGAAAUGCAAAGGCCGCAUAGCUUCUUGGGAGACCUACCACCUGUAUACCGACGCCCAGUGGUACAAAGCGACAUGGGCGGCAGCUCAGCAGCUGCCAGGGGAACGAACGUACCCCUACCGGGGAACUGGUCAGUCUUCCUCACUGGUACGCCUCUAGUCACGCACCUUCGCAGCUUCGAGUCGCCUCCCACAAAAAUCAUCUCGGCAGACCCUGCAAUCGCCGCCAUCUUUACGGGCGCUAUCAAGGCCGGUUUCUCGGUUGAAUGGGCGCUGUCUUCUCUCAUCACUGUCCUUUCGAUGACCAACUACUACAGUCAACAGACUGCAUUUGACCGCGUCGAUACCGUUGCGGUAUCUUUCUUCGAGAACGUCCUUUAUCCGCGUAAUUACACCGGUCUCACCAUACUGAUGUGGACGCUUGUCGCGCAUUUUGUUCUUUUGACACUGCUAGUGGUACUAUUUGUCACGAAGACCAGGCUCACGCUCCUGGGAAAUGCGUGGUCAGCGUUUACACAGGUUGCUGAGUCACGUGAAGUGAAGGAGUAUAUAGCUGGGGCAAGCCUAACGGAUGACUCUACACUGUUGAAUCAGAUGCGCGUACGUGGGAAGAAAGACCUUAGGGCUAGGCUUGUGAGAAGAGGUGACGGUGCUGAAGUCACGGUUGAGUGA